AUGGAAGAACUUGGCGACGCUCUCGCUAACGUUACAGUCACAGCUGUCGCUGCAGCUAAUAAAGACACUCAUGUCCUUCCGAUUCAUUCGCCGACCUUCAUAGGCCUCCCUGCCGAGCUUCGAUUGGAGAUCUACAAUAUUGUUGAGGCAUUGCAGCCCCGAGGCCACAGAGGCUGGCGCGUGGCGGAUUGCGUUGCGGUGUUUCGCGAUCGCAGUGCCAUCAACACCCCUGACCUCGCCGCACUAGCUCGAACGUGUAGGCUUGUCAACGGAGAAGUGCACGAUAUGCUAUAUGACCAGGCGUUUCAGAUCGAGUUCGCCACCACCUUUAGCCAGAAGACAACCAUACCAAUGGAGCUCCCGACACACACUGGGCUUGACUUCCUUCGCUAUGCCACAGGUGUCCACCUCCAGAUGGACCUUACAUACCGUCCCGGCGGAGCCUUUGCUUCGGAGUUCCCGCGACCUGGGUGUACUGUUCUCGAGUUCCGGACAUUGAAGAACAUCAUCGACGCUCUGGACAACAGUCCGGCGCUACGCUCCUUCUCUUUCGAUCCCCUGGCAACUGGGCGCGGCUCCAGCGAUCCAGCAUACGGGUAUGAAGGGUUCAAGGACACACUGGAAAGUCUACAUUCAGGAAACACCAAGAGCGGGGCUCGCGACGGCAAGAGCCAUAAGGAACGAGAGCUUGAUUAUUCUCAGGUGGUGCUUUUGGUGUGCAAGCUCUUGCUUGGUUCUCGGUGUGGCGGGGAUGAUGAUGAGUUCUUCAAAUUGAUCGCUGGGAGCACGACGACGUUUUUCCCGUUGGCAGGGCUUGUGGAGGGGUAUCAAGAAUCUGAGUAUUUCAACGCAGUAAAUGUAAAACAUCACAUCAGUCCCCCACCUCCGUUGCUCCUGGAGACUAUUCGCUCGACUAAAGACACUCAAGAAGCGCGCAACCAACAUGACAGCCUAACAGCAACGACCAAGCCAGACAUUCCGCCGUCGCUUCUCGUGGCCACGAAUAUAAUGGCUUCCAGCUCCACAGCCACGGACAAUGGCGCAGCGGACGCAAACAACAAAACUUCACAAACCGACGACCCGCCGCUCCUCAAAAUUCCUCCGGAGGUGAGGCUGAACACCCACGAACAAGUCGAGGCUCUCCAACAGUUGACGAGGCCCAAUAACCGCAGCGGGUUUCAGGCCAUCAAUGACUACGUUGUGAUGAACCGCUUCUGCUGCCGUCGCUCUGCAUUCGACGCUCUCCUUGCACUCAGUCUGACAUGUCACUCUACCAAUACGGAGAUACAUGGUUUAUUAUACGGCCGGACAUUCCAACUGCGCGUCACCGACAGGAAAUUUGACCACCUCACCAUGCCGAGCGGACUGCCACCGAAUGCUGGGCUGAAGUUCCUCCACCACGUCAAGUACCUCCACGUGGACUUCGAGAUCUCCACUCGACAAAGCCCUCGUUCCGUGGCACAUCACCUCCACUGCUUGGAGAGCGUCAUCAUCGCCCUCAGAACCAGCACGGCGCUUCGCACUAUCUCCUUCGGCGUCCUAGCUGGCACUAUCGAUCAACGAGCUACGUUCGCAUUUAAGCAUAUUCUCCUGGAUCUUCGGCGAACGAUCAUGCGCAAUGGGGUGAAAGGAACAACAAUGAAGGAGAGGCAGCUCGAUUAUGCUCAGUCUGUGGCGGAUACUAUCAAGCGCAUGCUCUUUCAGCACAAAGGGGAUGAGGAACGCUUCUUCGAUUAUCUUGCCAAAUUGGAGGAGGACGUGCAGUGA